AUGCCUCGGGACGAGCAGCUCCCGUGGGACCAUGUCCCAGCGCAGCUCUCCUCCCAGGAGGCAACUGAGCUGAUCCUGCAACACAUCGAGAAAGGCCAAGUGUUCGCCAAGAAUGUUGUUUCCAAAGCAGACAAGAAAGAUUUGAGGAACUAUGAGAAAAAGGCAGUCCGGCAAUUUGACAAGAUGUCAAACUUGCCAAAGCGUCGCAGUGCACCUGACCUUCACGCGGCCUCUGCCGAAGCACGCCACCACUCAGGAGGCGUGAUGUCGAUGUCAAACUCGUCCUCGUUCUUUCAAAGGCCCAACUUUCAGCGCGGCUUCGGCGUCUCCAAGAGACCACCCAUUUAUGCCGGCAUCGACAAUGACCUGAGCCCCGGCGAGUACGACACCCAUCUUGUCGGAGCAAUGGUGUGGGAGAAGGAGAUCGGUCUUUCACACCCGGCGCAGAAGCAGCUUUCGUCUCACAAAUCGCCAUCGCUCGUCACCUUUACCCAGCAGAAGGGUAUAGGUCUUUCGCAGGCGAAAAUCACUGGUGCACCCGGACCUGGCCACUACAAAGCACCGGACUACUGGGAUGCCACCUGGCAGCAUCACCCACCAGCUGGAACCAGCUUCGCGAGAACACCGCCUGAGCCUGGUGACUCACGGUUUGGUGGACUAGCCAAGGGCAUCCUGAAGAACUGA